UGCACGACGAAGAUAAUAUAACAGAUCAUGUCUACCAACGGAGAUCACGAUAUGGCCGACGCCGUCGCCGGCGCUGAUAUGAAUUCUACUGAGAUCGAGGUUGUUGAGCCACAGCGCAUCAGAGUGUUGCCUGGAUCAACCGAUACUGCCGCCUCAUUCGAGUUCACUAAGGAGGACCACACCCUUGGCAAUGCUUUACGAUACAUCAUCAUGAAGAACCCUGACGUUGAGUUCUGUGGCUACUCCAUUCCUCAUCCUUCGGAAGCAAAAAUGAAUCUUCGCAUUCAAACAUGGGACGAAGUCAAUGUGUACGAUGUACUGGAGAAGGGUCUCAAUGAUCUGAUGGAUCUCUGCGACGUUGUGGUGGACAAGUUCACCGUAUCAAGAGAUGCGUUCAAUGCCAGCAAGACAUCGUGAUAGUUGAGAGUGCAUUUUACAGGCGUUCUGUGCAUUUGGAGAAUAGGGAACUGCGGUUCAAAAUGGUAUCAUUACAGGAAGGUUUGGGGGAAUCGGGAAGGCGCAGGAUGAUUGUUUCUCUCUCUAGUUGCGUCCCU